CAGCCUGUGUGUGCAGCUGCUAUUCUUUCCCUCUCAGUCUGUCCCUUUCCAAAUCGCACAUUCUGUCGCUCAGUGGCAAGAGAAGGAAGGCACCAGGGGAAGGGUGCUAAGGGUUGUAGCAGAGGUUGUGUUCUCGCACUGAAAUUCUAACCUCCCUGUGUGCCCUCCCAGCUUGGAGCAUAAGCCGACCAGGGAGGGACCGAGUUCAGCAAAUGGAGAUGUGAAAGAGGGGGAGGGAAACAAGAGAGAGAGGGAGGGAGAGACGGACUGAUCAUUGAAAGGAAGAAGACCGGGACCUGUCUCUUGCACAGACCCUAACCUGGAGCUCAGCAUCUACUGAUCAGGCAUUGUUGCUAAGACUGCUAAAAAUGCAGACCUUCCUCAAAGGGAAGAGAGUGGGUUACUGGAUGAGCGAGAAAAAGAUCAAGAAACUGAAUUUUCAGGCAUUUGCAGACAUGUGCAGGAAACGAGGGAUUGAGGUCAUACAGCUUAAUCUGGCCAAACCUAUUGAGGACCAAGGCCCUUUAGAUGUGAUUAUACACAAGCUGACAGACGUCAUUCUUGAGGCUGACCAAAAAGACAGUGAGUCCAUCCAGCUGGUGCGAAGGUUCCAGGACUAUAUAGAAGGCCACCCUGAAACAAUACUACUGGACCCGUUGCCUGCCAUUAGAACAUUGCUGGACCGCUCAAAAUCUUACGAGCUUAUUCGCAGAAUAGAAACAUACAUGCAAGAUGAAAGGCUGUGUUCCCCUCCAUUUAUGGAGCUAAUGGCAGAAUGUGAUGAAGAUACCUUGAAGAUUGUAGAGAAGAAUGGCUUGGCAUUUCCAUUAGUUUGUAAGACUCGAGUGGCCCAUGGCACAAACUCUCAUGAGAUGGCGAUUAUAUUCAAUCCAGAAGGACUGCGGUCAAUCAAGCCUCCCUGUGUAAUUCAAAGCUUCAUUAGCCACAACGCAGUCCUCUACAAAGUCUUUGUGGUGGGAGAAUCUUACACAGUAGUGGAGCGGCCAUCCUUGAAAAACUUUUCACCUGGAGCUUCUGACAGAGCAUCCAUAUUCUUCAACAGUCACAAUGUGUCAAAGCCUGAAUCAUCCUCCAUUCUAACAGCACUUGACAAGGUGGAAGGAGUGUUUGAGCGCCCCUGUGAUGAGGUUAUUCGUGGGAUCUCCAAAGCACUACGGCAGGCUCUGGGAAUCUCUCUUUUUGGCAUUGAUAUCAUUAUAAACAACAAGACUGGUCAGCAUGCUGUGAUUGAUAUCAAUGCUUUCCCAGGCUAUGAGGGUGUCCCAGAAUUCUUCACUGACCUCCUAAACCACAUUACAACCAUCUUGCAGCGCCCAGAUCAGAGUGCAAGCAAGUCCUCAGUGGAGCAGACAGGAAGCUCAAUUGGAGAGCGCCUUUGCUGUCCUCCAUCUGCCCGAACAGACCCAUGGAUUGUGGAGACAGACACAAGUGGAUCUGUAAAGUUGCAAAGUCAGAGACUAGGAUGCAAUUCAUCAGUUUCUCCCAGCUUCCAGCAGCACUGUGUGGCCUCUUUGGCAACCAAGGCAUCUUCCCAAUAACAAGUCAUUUUUGAAGGACCACAGGGAGUAAUAGAAUUCCAAAGGGACAUGGGAACAGUUUUAUUUUGGUGUUCAUCGCGUAACUACUUGAACUGAGUUGUAACAGCAGGUUGUAGGUCGGUUAAAGGGCAGCUGGACAGUUAGUGUUUUAAUUGACAUCAUAUUUACAGCUUUUUUCAAAGAAGAAAGUUGGUAUAUUUAAUCUUCCCCUGUGCAAUUGUGAGAAACUCCACUGUCCAAUUUCAAGGGAUCCCAAUAAGCAGACACUGGCUCUUCAUCAUUUCAGAGGUUCCCUUCUGCAGCCAUAGGAGGACAGUACUCUUUGCUCAAUGUUCUACUAAGACAUAGUACAGUCCUUAAAAUUGCAACUCUUCAACUCAGACAUGUUCCUAAAGUGGGUUGCGUUCUGAGAGGGAAAAAAAGGAAUUAUUUUAUAACAAAAAACAAAUUUUAUUCUUUAAAAAAAAAAUUACAUAUUCCUACUCUUUUUUUCACCAUAAGAAAAUGACCACACAUCAACCACUGGGUCUUGUGAUUGUAGAAUUUUAAUUCCUUAAUUUUAAAAAAAAUAUUCUUUAGUAUUCUGCACCUUGAUUUUUUUUAAUCUUGUGAUUUAGAUUUUAUUUGAAACGUUUCAGUCUUAAUGUGCUUCCCAAAUCUUUAAUACCCUUCCCUCAGCUCUCUGCAUUCUGUGAUAAGGUGCACAGAGAAAGUCUUAAACAAAAAUAUUUGCUGCUGUAGACCAAAUAAAGGCAGAGCAGUUAGGGGUCACUUCGUUUGGAUUUAGCACUAUGUGUCUAAUGUAAUCUCUUGAAUUCAGAGCAUUAUUCAUAUAUCCAACAGUGCCAGUUGUGUUUUGCUAAAAUUCUACCCUUGUGAAAAAGUUCAGAAAGUAAAAUAUAAGGUUUGCUGUGGAUCAGAGAUUGAUAAACUGUGAUGAAUCUUCAGGCUUUAUCCAAGGAUGCUGUGGGUUUUAGUUAAGCAGCAGCAGAAGUUCUGCAGUUUGUCUGGCACUGCUCUACUGGUCUACAUAUUCCAAUAAUUAACAUUCUACCUUGUAAGUUAUUUUGCUGCAGUUAGAUUUAAGCACUUAUAUUGGAUACUGAACAAUAUUAAUUGAGUUUCUAAUUUAGUGUGAUGAUGAGCAUACCCUGGCCUGGCAGGUAUAAACCAGAAUGUUAUAGAUUACAAAAGUCACAAUGGGUUUUUUGAUGGUGGUGCUUGGUACAUUGAAAGUGACAGAAAGAGAAAAUCAGAGACAAACCUAUACAUGUUAGGAUCUGCCAAUAAAGGAGAAAAUAAAAGUGAUCUUUUCUUAAAAAUGACUUCUACUUACGUAAGCAAAUGAUAUCUGUAGUUCAUGAAAGCAUGGGUUGUUAUGUAGAUGGAUAAUUGAACUGUAACUAUAUAGUUCUUUUUUUAAAGGAAAUCUCAAAUCAAGUCCUAGAUUUUCUCUGCAGUGCACUUAUAGAAGCUAAACUGUCUUACCUAGGUUACCCAGUCUUCAAAUCAUUCCAAUUAGAUUUACUUUUCUUCAUUUCUCCAACAGGGACCCCUUAACACCAGCAAGGAUUUAAAUGUUCAUAACCAAGAGAUUAUUCAGAAAACAAGAUUGGCAUUAUGUCUUACCAUACCUCGAUUUUGUCCCUUCCUUGUAACAUCAGCAAUAAAAUAUUAAUUUAAUCAGCUAAA